UACUGUAGGGGUGUGUGCGUGUGUGUGUGCAUGUGUGUGCUUGUGCAUGUGCUACUUGAUUAGUGAGUGGACACAGCGUGAUCAGGCAUGUAGCUUUCAUUGAUCAUUACCUCCUGGCUGACACUCUGGACCCAUCAUGGAGUCGGGAAAGCAGCUAACAGGUACAUUGGCCGUGGCCGUGUUUACAGCAGUUCUGGGGUCCCUGCAGUAUGGCUACAGUCUUGGAGUCAUCAAUGCACCACAGAAGGUCAUUGAAAAGAACUAUGGGCGGUCUCUGGGCGUGUGGUCAGAGAAGGCAGAUGUCCUGUCAGAAAACAGCACAGAAGAGGAAGAGUUCUCAGAGGCGGGACAACACCCUGACGUGAUCAUGUAUUGGUCAUUGUCGGUGGCAAUCUUUUCCAUUGGUGGCAUGUUAUCAUCCUUCCUGGUGGGAUUUGUGGGAGACCUGAGAGGGAGGGUAAAGGGCAUGUUAAUGGUCAAUGUUCUGGCUGUAGCUGCUGGACUGCUGAUGGGUCUUUGCAUGAUGUGGAAACCUCACAUCAUGGUCAUCUCGGGUCGCGCUGUUAUGGGCUUUUACUGUGGGUUGACAUCUGGGCUUGUGCCUAUGUACAUUGGGGAGAUUGCACCCAAGGCUUAUAGAGGAGCUCUUGGAACAUUACACCAGCUGGCUAUUGUCAUUGGCAUCCUAAUCAGCCAGGUAAUAGGUUUGGACUUUAUACUUGGUAAUGAUGAUAUGUGGCCCCUGUUGCUUGGGCUGUCUGGAGCUCCAGCAGUAUUACAAUCCUUUCUGCUGCCCCUAUGUCCUGAGAGCCCACGGUACCUUUACAUUCUACAGGGCAAGGAGCAAGAGGCUAGAAAAAGUCUUCUUCGUCUAAAAGGGGCUUAUGAUCCAACUCCUGAUCUGGAAGAGAUGAGGAGAGAGAAAGAGGAAGCGGACAGGCAGCCCAGGGUCUCCAUCCUUUCUUUGAUCCGCUCAUCUGUGUACAGACAGCAGCUGAUCGUUGCACUCAUGAUGCACCUCUCCCAACAGUUGUCUGGCAUCAAUGGGAUCUUUUAUUACUCUACGGCUAUCUUCGCUCGGGCUGGUGUUGCUCAGCCAGUCUAUGCCACAAUAGGAGUCGGGGUCAUCAACACAAUCUUCACUAUGGUGUCGGUUGCACUGGUGGACAAGGCUGGCAGGCGCACUCUGACUCUGGUUGGUCUGGGAGGGAUGUGCUGCUGUGCAAUUGCCAUGACAGUGGGGCUCAAAUUCCAGAGUGAUUACUCGUGGAUGAGCUACGUCAGCAUGUCAGCUAUCUUCCUCUUUGUGAGUUUCUUUGAAAUUGGUCCUGGUCCCAUUCCAUGGUUCAUAGUUGCUGAAUUGUUCAGCCAGGGACCUCGGCCUGCCGCCAUCGCUCUGGCUGGCUGCUGUAACUGGACCAGCAACUUCAUCAUAGGCAUGACCUUUCAAUAUAUACAGACUUGGCUGGAUUGUUAUGUGUUCAUCCUGUUUGCUGUGCUCCUUCUCGGCUUCACUGUGUUUACUUAUCUCCGGGUCCCCGAGACCAAGGGCAAAACUUUUGAGGAGAUUGCUGCUGUCUUUCACAAGGGACGAAAAAAGUCGGCACAGAGCCCUAAAGCUGCUGAACUGCAGCAGCUCAAAACAUCCACGGAUGCUUAAAACGACAGCUGUGUGUUUGCGUAGUGUAUUCUUAUGCGUGUGAAAGCUGUGUCCAUCUGUCAGUAUUAUAAAUGCCAAGUGUUUAUGUAUAUUUGUCCUAUUAGUGUUAUAAUAAUUACUUGGUGAAUUAAGGAGAAAAGUAUAAGGACAGCUAUAAGGACAGUGACUAUGGUGAAAAGUGGUGGCUAAAAACACAACUCCUUGUGAAUGCUAACAUUGCCCUGUGUCUGCUGAAUCUGUAAAUAGGCAACUGUUUACUAUCAAGUUUGCCAUGUCACUAUUGUAUUCAAAACUUGUUUCUGCUGCCCCAAGUGGCCAAGAAAUCUGUUAUUGCUAUUUUACUACUUACCAACUAGAGCUACUAGAACUGUGGAAUUAGUGAGACAGAAAAUUAAACAAUAUUUGCAUUUGAAGAACCCUAAAGAGAAGAGACAGCCAGGUUAUUUUAGUGUCUGAUGUACUGUAAUACAUCUGGAUAUUGCUUAUCUGUGGAUGUCUUCCUCAUUUUCUGUCUUAAAAUGUAAUCAUAAGCCCCUUCCACUGAAAAAUGUGUUUUGCUUAUCAUCACUUCACUUGAAUGUUUGACCUUCACUGUGGUAAAAAGGUUUGCAAAGGUUAGUAAUGUAUGUGAAUGCAUGUAUAAGUUUGACACUGGAGGGGGAAGAUUUCUCUGAAUUUAAGACAUAUAUGCAGGAGUUAUCCUUUCUAACAUUACAGCUAGUUUGGAAGCCAAUCAAUGGCCCGAUAUUCACUUGUGAUGUGUGCAUACACUGACUGUGAAGUAAGAGGCCUCUUGUUUCCAGCUAUUAAACUUUUGAAACAAUA